AUGAAAUCUAAAUCAAAGAUUGUGAUAUUAAUCUCGACUUUCUUGUUUGUACUUCAAGUAAUAUCGUCGACUAUAGUUCACUGGAAGAAAUACGACUUUAUACGUCAAAGUUUACCACUAUUCUGCAAGUCAAGCGAGAUUCUUUUCUCAGGUACCGUUCAUGAUCCGUUGGAAUGCAGCAAGAUUUGUUCCAUGAAACACAGCUGUCUCGUUAGCUCUUUUAAGCCGGACAGUCAUGAAUGUAUUGGAUGCCAGGAGUUUAGGAUUUGGUAUGUUGAGACGGCACCAACAAUAAAGCAUGCCAUCGAACCACAGAAACAUUUAGUGAGCUUAGUGAGCGACUGUAAAGAAAUUCUUGAUGAAUUCCCGGAAGCAGAAAGUGGUUUUUAUGAGAUAAAACUAUGGAGUUCUAACAAGACACUGAUUGUGAAUUGUGACAUGGAAACUGACGGUGGCGGCUGGACGAUAUUUCAUAGGCGCUUGGACGGGUCUAUUGAGUUUUAUCGAAACUUCACAGAAUAUGAAAAUGGGUUUGGAAACGCAGGAGGAGAACUGUGGCUAGGCCUGAAGUACAUACAAGAACUAGCUGACCAAAGUCAUUCAGAACUUCGCAUUGACAUGACAAAUUACAACAACGCGACAGGCUAUGAGAUCUUUCAGGAAUUCAAGUUAACAAAUGGUAUAAAGUAUACACUCAACAUUGGGUUACGUGACGCAUCAGUCAACGUUGCAGCAGGGUUAGCUUACAGUAAUUCAGUUCCUUUUACAACUUUUGACCGUGACCUAGAUACUGUAGGCUCACGUAAUUGCGCUGUUGAUCGACAUGCAGGCUGGUGGCAUCGCUCAUGUACAAUCGUUAAUUUAAAUGGAUUAUAUGUCCCACCAGGUUCAAUUUGUAAAGUUGCUGGGGCAGAACCUGGGCAAUGCGAUCACCAGCAUGGAGGGUUUGAUGGUGGAGGUGAAGUGAAAUUAAGGAGAUCUUCAAUGAUGCUGAGAAGGACAUAAAUUGUGAUCGAGAUAAUGAAAUGUUCAUCAUGAAACUCA